CACCUUUUUGGAUCUCUUCAACCAACUUUCAAGAAGUAAAAGGUAUUAUAAUGUCUGAAAUUGAGAAGAAAGAGCAACAACAAGAAGUUGUCAUCCACAAGAUUAAGAUGACCUUGGUUUCCACCAAGGUUAAGCAAUUGGAGAAGGUCUGUGCCUCCAUUGUCUCCAACGCUUCUGAGAAGAAGUUGGUCACCAAGGGUCCUAUCAGAAUGCCAACCAAGGUUUUGAAGAUUGCUACCAGAAAGACUCCAAACGGUGAGGGUUCUAAGACCUGGGAUUCUUAUGAGAUGAGAAUCCACAAGAGAGUUAUUCACUUGCAAGCCCCAGCUGCUAUUGUCAAGCAAAUCACUCAAAUCACCAUCGAGCCAGGUGUGGAUGUCGAGGUCACCGUUGCUGCUUAAAGUUUUAACUAACUUUAGCUAAAAUGUGACCUGUAUAAAAAAUCUCAAAGCUCAUUCUGCUGUGUUUUAUGUGUUGAUGUUAUAAGAACUCUAAAGGUUGAAAUUACGGUAUAAACCUCAUUGUUUUUCAUUAGCUCUAGAUCAUUCAGUUCUAAUACCUCUGGUGAUUAUCAGCUGUUUAUAUUCCGUUGGUUCGGGU